GUUUCCAUCUAAAGCUGAUUACUUCAACCUGCAGCUUAAGAGGAAAAAUAGUUUACUUCCACCCAUGCUAGAGUUCAGAAAAGACAACUCAGAGGGUCAUGGACUAUUUUCCUGUAUGAUUUCAGUGCUGAGGAACUGUCAGAGGAAGAAUCCCCCAACCACCCACCCCCAACACACAAACAGAAAGUAUAGCAACAUGACGACAGGCACGCGAGCAACUAAGGGUAAUUCUCAUUUUAUAAGAGACAACUCCUUCCUCGCAGCAAGUAAUCACUCCUGGCAUUCCAUAUGAAGCUUAAUCAUUUGUUUAUAAUCAGAGGGCUGGAAGUCAAUAGCAGAGCAGAAACUUCACUCGGGAUAUUCCAGUUACACUGCUAGCUCUGAUUUGCUGCAUUUAGAGAAAGAUCUUUGUUCAGAAGCACAGCUUUACUAAGAGGUUGCAGCAUGGAGUCUGAAGGCCAAUAUCUGGAGGAUUACGACUACUAUGGCAAUUAUACAAAUGAGACAUACAAUUACGAUUAUUACCCACUAUUAUGCAUGAAACACGAGGUCAGAAACUUUGGCAAAUGGUUUCUCCCUGCUUUCUACUCUGUGGCUCUAGUGACUGGGCUGGCAGGAAACUCAUUAGUGGUGGCAAUCUACAUAAUUUUUAAGAAACUGAAAACCAAAACGGAUGUCUAUCUUAUGCACUUGGCUAUUGCCGACUUACUGCUUCUUUUCACUCUUUCUUUCUGGGUAGUGGAUGCACUACAUGGGUGGGUGUUUGGAACAGUAAUGUGCAAAAUAACAUCUGCCCUAUACGUCACAAACUUCAGCUGUGGCAUGUUGUUUCUUGCUUGCAUCUGUGUGGACCAAUACAUUGCUAUAAAGAAAGCUGCAAGUGCCCUGACUCCUACAUCUAAAAGCACAGUCAUAUGUCUUUGUGUUUGGUUAACUGCCAUUUUGUUAAGCAUCCCAGAUCUAGUUUUCACCACUGUCAGGGAAAAGGAUGAACGAAGUAUAUGUCUCUCUAUUUUUCCAGACAAGAAUGCUAAAGAGGUAAAGGCAACUAUUCAGAUUCUUCAAGUGAUUUUUGCAUUUCUGAUUCCAUUCUUCUUCAUGUCGGUUUGUUACUCUGCUGUGGCAAAAGUCAUCAUAAAUACCACAAACAAAAAGAAAUAUAAGGCAUUCAAGCUCCUUCUGACUGUUAUGGGUGUCUUCAUUCUUACACAGCUGCCUUACAACACGGUCAAGCUAUACCGUACACUUAAUCUGCUUUUUUCAGUACAGGUCAACUGCGACACUGAAAAGAGAAUCGAUAUUGCAACCCAGGUGACAGAAAGCAUAGCUUUGUUUCACAGUUGCCUGAAUCCAGUACUAUAUGCUUUUAUGGGAGCAUCAUUUAAAACCCACAUCCUGAUGAUUAUAAAGAGCUACAGCCAUCAAAGAAGGCAGAAUGACUUGGAAAUCUCUUUAGACUCCCAACCUCAUUCAGAGGAAACUAACAGUUUUGUUAUCUGAAACAGAAACUGCUAAAAGGACACACUGAAAGCAGUGAUAAACAUACUUGAUUCUGCUGUUGAUGCAUAAUGGCUACUCCUAACAAGCAGCAACUAUUUCUGUUUGCAUGCAGAAACAACUGUUUAUGUUGGAAGGUGAAACUGCAUUAUUUUUUUUCAAGGCUGUACAGAUGUAUAUAGUAGCACAAAAGAAGAGUUCCUGUAUUAGCACAUUUUGUCUGUCGGUAUACAAGUCACUUUCUUUAGUAUGACAUAAAAAUCUUUUACUGCAAAUUGGAAUUCUUUGACAGUUAACAGGAAAAGUUACAAAGCUGGGAAUAAAUUAGGUAUAUCUAAAAAAUAACUUCUCAAACUCUUUUAGGCUUAGAAGGUCAGUCUGUUGGUCAAACUGAAUGGGCAGAGUAUUCAUUUCCAAGAAGAACUGCUCUGAACUUUAGCACUAGUUGGCAAUGAACUGUAUCAGACUUUAUUAUUGGGCUGAGAUUGUGAAAAGUUCAAAUACACUGAGAAGACAGGCAAGAGUCAGAUGCAUAAUGUGUCCAUAGUAUGAUAAAGCCGCACUCUGUGCAUCAAUAAUACAAUAUAUUAAUACUCUGUACAACAGUAGUAAGAUACAGUCACACUCUGGGCAUCAACAGUAUGAUACAUUCCCACUCUGAGCACAGAUAGUAUGAUACACCUCCACUCUGUGUACAGAUAGUAUGAUACACCCGCACUUUGUGUACAGACAUUGUGAUACAUCCACACUCUGUACAGAUAGUAUGAUACAUACACACUCUGUGUAUUGAUAGUAUGAUACAUCCGCACUCUGUGUACAGAUAUAGUAUGAUAUACCCGUACUCUGUGUACAGGUAGUAUGAAACACCCAUACUCUACGUACAGAUAGUAUGAUACACCCGCACUUUGUGCACAGACAUUAGGAUACAUCCACACACUGUGUACAGAUAGUAUGAUACAGCUACACUCUGUUCAUCCAUAGCAUAACACCAUUCACACUCUGUCCAUCCACAGCAUAUCAUCCACAAUCUGUGCAUCAGUAGUGUGAUUAAUACACACUCUGUGCAUCAAUAGUAUUAUACAGCCACACUCUGUGGAUUGAUAGUAUGAUACAUUUAUGGUCUGUGCAUCAGUAGUAUUAUAAGUUCCCACGCUGUGUGACAAUAGUACGAUACCUCCACUCUCUAUGCCUCAAUAGUAUAUGUUCUCACUUUGUGCAAUUAUAGUAAGAUACAUCCACACACUUUGUAUCAACACUAUAACACAUUCCUUCAUGUGUGUCACUAGUAUGAUGUAUUCUACUGUUGUAUGUCAGUGGUAUGAUACAUCUACACACUGUGCAUUAGUGGCAUGAUACGUCCACACACUGUGCAUCAGUGGUAUGAUACAUUCACAUACUGUGUGAUAAUAACAUGAUACAGCCACACUGUGUGCCACAAUAGUAUGAUACAGCGACACACUGUGCAUCAUUAGGAUGAUAUAUCCAGAGACUAUCCAUAAAUAAUAUAAUACAGCUACACACUGUGCAGUGGUAGUAUGAUACAUCUACACUGUGUGCAUCAAUGGUGCGAUUAUAGGUUUAUAGGUGUUUACUAGGCUAACGACCACAAGGGCCUUUUUAAGCCUAGCCUUGCAUCCCA